AUGGCUAAUUUCGCGCACCGUGUCUCGUAUGUGGUGAGAGACAAGGACGACGAUGAUGACGACCCGAAGCCAGGACCACCGCCACCCAAAGAAACAGAAUCUCCUCAAGCCGUCUCUGCAGUUCCACCCACCGCGACCGAAUCCCUGGCCAAUACUGCUCCAUCAUCGACAUCUGCAACAUUGCCAACGCCACCAACACCAGGAGCACCAGAAGCACCAGGAGCAUCAGGAACAUCAGGAACAUCAGGAACAUCGGCAGCAUCGGGAGCAUCGGGAACAUCGGCAGCAUCGGGAACACCGGGAUACUCAGAAGGAUCGAGGUCAUCAGGGGACAGUUUCGGCCCGGCAGAAAGUGCAGGAAUCGGUGUCGGAGUCGCCCUUGCACUACUUUUCCUAGCCCUAGGAGCAUGGUUCUUCAUACGCCGCAGACGAAAGCGCAGAUUGAGCAAAGCCUCGCUCGGCUCAUCAACGCCUGAUACCGAAGCCGGCUUCGCAAACAAAGAGUACGGCGCACCCAGCAUACGAGAGAUGGAAGCCGGAAGGCGAGCGUCCGAGCUGGCUGCCCAUAUGGGCCCAGUCGAAGUUCCAGGCGACCCAGAGUUCGUGGCCGAGCUAGAAGGCUCAGAUGCCGCUAUUGGGGCGGUCGCAGAGAAGAAAGAUCGCGAGCGUCUCUUUGCUGAUGCGCCGCUCGAUGAACCAGGUGACCGUGAUGAGUUUGGGUUCAGCAGGAAUAACAGCAGGAGGAGCGAUGUCAAGGGCGCCAUCGAUUUCAAAGGCUCCGACGUCAAGAAAUUUGACUCCUAG